AUGGUAGUCACAACAAGACGAGCAGAACAAGUGCGAGCAGCCACUCCGGAAGGGCACGUGCGAACUAUGCGCUCCAACUCCCCUCCUUCUAUGCACUCAAUCCCAGCUGGGCGGGAAGCGGCAGAUGCUCUGCUUCCGGUGCUACAACCUGCAGACCCCCAGGCACCAGCGGAAGGUCUCAGAGCAACAUUCCCGAAUCAUCAAGUUCCAAUACAAGAAAUCCAAGGAGAAAACUGGUUUGAAAACCAACCCCCACCCCCUGGUGUCCAAUUUGGAAUGCCUUUCCCAACCACCCGUCGUGUCCAUCCGGCGCAAAGCCAACCCGUAGCACUAUAUAAUGACCAUCGAGUCCCAACACACCAUCAGAGACCUUGUAUGAAUAAUGUGGCCGCUCCUUUCCCCCCACCUUUUCCAAAUGGUUACCCGUUUCAAGGAUAUCCUUUCCACCCUCAUAACGCGGCCAUCCCCCAACCGCAGGGAUCAGUCGUGAACCUUGGCCAACCCCGUUUUGAAGCCCGCCAAGUCCCAGCUAUCUCGUACUCAGUCGAGGCGCCUCAGGAACCUCGCCCUCCACCAUACUUACAAGCCCGUAACCCAUACUUGCAAACAACCCCUCCGAACACCUCAGGGCGUAACAAACCCCUGACAGAUAGCCUACGCCUCACUCCUAUUCCCCUUGGCUAUAAGGGACCAUCCAACAUCGUCACGUACGUAGGUGACGCUGAUCCGUUCGAAUGGAUACAAAAGUUUGAAGCGGCAAUGACCCUUCAUGGUGAAACAGACCUCCUGAUGUGCAGAACCUUCCCAACGCUCUUGGGCGGAAGAGCGUUAACUUGGUAUACCACCUUACCAACGGGCAGUGUAGCAUCCUGGGAUGACCUGGCAAGGAAAUUCCAGACCCAUUUUGCCACUAGUCGCCCUGUGCCGAAGUCUGUCCAUGCCUUGGAGAAAGUACGCCAGCAAUCCGGGGAAACUCUUAGGUCAUUUCUCGACCGUUUUGACAAAGAAGCCCUACAGGUACAAGGGCUAGACCCAAAGGUGCAGUUGCACAUACUUUUAUCUGGAUUGCGUGAAGGAGCGUUCGCCUAUGAGCUUGCUCGUCAUGAGAUUUUGGAUCUUGAAGAAGUCAAGCGUAAAGCUCAAGAGUUUAUGCGAAUCGAAGAGUACAAAGGAAGUCGAACAAGCGACAGUCACCGCCAAGGAAACAGAGAGUUGAAGAAUAGUGACCAUGCUGAGGAACGUAGAAAGAGUCGCAAACCCGCCAAGUAUGUUAGUCGCCAACAAGGGAGAGACAUGGUUGGACGUCAUACACAUAGCGUCCUUCAGACCGAGUACAAGGAGGACCGCAAAGACAGCCCAAGGCGUCAGGGGCAAUCGUGGGAAAAUGUUGUAUACUACAAAUUCCACCGCAGUAACGGCCAUAGUACUGAGGAGUGCAGACAUCUGAAGGAUGAAAUCGAUGAGAUCAUUAACAGUAGAGGUCAAAGAAACACCGGAAGCAGCUCCCGAAUCCCAGGAAACAACAGGCGGUAUCGAGAGCAUAGUUGGUCACCAGAUCGAAGAAGGAGCACCCAGCCCAAGUACCAAACUCGUCGCGGGCGGGAUCGCAGGGAGAGGUCUCCCCCAAUCCGUAAGGCCCAUGACAACCAGAGCAGUAGAGAAAGGCGUGACGGAGGAGACGAAGAUUCAGCAGCCAUAAAACAUGGAGUGAUAAAUAUGAUCUCUGGAGGGCUGGGUGGCGGUGGAGUAACAGUUAAUUCCAGAAAGAGACACUUGAAGCAGUGCCUAGCAGUGGCAGGAAAGACCAUCAGCAAAACGAGCACAGAUGCAGGUCAGGCCAAACCCAAAAUCGUCUGGGACUUCAACGAUUUGGGCGAUAUUCUACCUGGCCAUGAUGACCCCUUGGUCAUCCAAGCAAUCAUUGCCAACUGGAGCGUCAACCGCGUAUUCGUGGAUCAUGGCAGUUCUGCUGACAUUUUGUUUUUGCCUUGUCUUAAAGCUUUGGGUUUUGCUGUCAAUAACUUAACACCAGUGGCAGGUGAACUUGCACGGUUUAACGGCACAACCACCAAACCUUUGGGAUUGAUAAACUUACGAUUAUCUCUGGGAACGCCACCUACCUCAAAGUCAGCCGACAUUCAAUUCCUGGUGCUGGAUACCCAAUCAGCUUACAACGUAAUUCUCGGCAGGCGAAUGUUUGCCACUUUCGAAGCAAGUGUGUCGCACCCGCACUUGGCAAUGAAGUUUGUGGCAAGAGACAACAAGGUGGCGACAGUAAGAGGCGAUCAAACGGUAGCAAGGAGCUGCUACAACAUCCCCAUGAAACCAGCACCAAAAGUCACUUUGAAAGCCCAGCCAGCACCCCAUAUGGCGAGAACCCAGGUAACAACUGAUGCCCUCACUGGAAAGGGUGACGAACUUGACCAGUGUCUUCUUGUAGAGUUUGAUGCACGAGACGACCCUCGGAUGGAACAUUCCAGGCCCACACCAGACGGAGCUCUAGAGCACGUAGUGCUGGGCGAGAAGGACCAAACGACAACCAUUGGGGUGUUCACCAACCCGGAGCUGAAAAGCAGGUUGAUCAAACUCCUACGAGACAACAAGGACCUGUUCGCGUGGAAGCCAUCUGACAUGCCCGGCAUAGACCCGGAAGUAUGUUGCCACAGAUUGUCAGUAGACCCCCAAGCAAAGCCCGUUUCGCAGAAGAAGAGGAAGUUUGGCCCUGAUCGCCAAAAUAUCAUUGACGAAGAGGUAAAGAGACUCUGGGAUGCCGGUUUCAUCCGAGAAAUUAAAUAUACUACGUGGCUCUCAAACCCCGUACUAGUCAAAAAACCUAGUGGGGCGUGGAGAAUGUGCAUUGAUUACACCGACCUCAACAAGAUGUGCCCAUAG